AUGGCCGAGCCCGGCGGCAACGAGCUGGCGUCCGCGGCUGCCCGCGGGGACCUGGCGCAGCUCGCCCGCUGCCUGCAGGAGAGCGAUGGAAACGUGGAUGCGCGCAACCGGUUCGGGAGGACGGCGCUGCAGGUAAUGAAGCUGGGGAAUCCCGAAAUUGCCCGGCGGCUGCUGCUGAGAGGCGCUGACCCCAACCUGAGGGACAGCACCGGCUUCGCCGCCAUCCACGACGCCGCCCGCGCCGGCUUCCUGGACACGCUCCAGACGCUGCUGGAGUUCAAAGCCGACGUGAACCUCGAGGACGACGAGGGCAACCUGCCGCUGCACCUGGCGGCGCGGGAGGGCCACGCGCGCGUGGUGGAGUUCCUGGCGCGGAGCACGGCCACGCGCCUGCAGCACCGCAACAAGCGCGGGCACACGGCCUGCGACCUGGCGCGGCUCUACAAGCGCGCCGCCGUGGUGCAGCUGCUGGAGCCCGGCGCCGCGGGGGCCGGAGCCGCCGGCGCGGAGUGA